AUGGAUCCACCAACCGAAUUAAGUUUUGAUGAGAUAUUAAAAUUUAUGUUAGCUCACAGCGGCAAAGUUACAAACCACGAGUUAGUAAAACAUUUCAAAGUGUUCUUAACUAAUCCUGAUAUGAGAGAUGAAGCCAGAAAUACAUUCAAGAAACAUGUUAAUACUUUAGCUAAUAUAAAGAAUCAAAACAAUAAAAAGUUAUUAAUAUUAAAGAAAAAGUACAUGGUUAAUACAAGUACAGAUAAUGAUACAAAUAAAGAUUAUGAAGAUGCUCUUGAAAGUCAAGUACAAGAAGUACCUAGCGUCAUGUGUACACCAUCAUCAAAUAUUGAUUUGAAUCCUCCAUAUCGACCACCUCCACCGGUACAACUCAACCAAGAUUUUAGCAUACUCGCUAACAUAAUUCAAGAUCAUCAAGAAAUUACAUCUAAAUUGUCACCAAUGAAUAUAACACCUGCUGAAUCAAAAGAAAAUCUUGAGCCACCCAUUGAGGAUACACCACCAAAAGUACAUCCACGAAAGAAAUCUUUAGAAAAAAGUUCUAUUGAGAAACGGUUGAGUAUUUCUGGGCAAACCGGUCACCGGACUUCAAUACCUAAUGAGUCAUUAGAGAUGGAUGACACUGCACCAAUACCAUUAGCAACUUCAAGAAGUGAAAGCAUGCUGAUUGAUAAUGAACAAAAAAUUUCAGUGAAAGAAAGGAAGCAAAUGUUCAAUCGUAUGGCUUCAGAAAGUGAUGUUCUGAGGACUAAACGUCAAGGCAAUUUCAGUCCACAGGGAGUGGACGAAGAAGAUCGAGUAUCGCUGGACCACAAAAGCGAGACGGACCCUCUUGAUUCAAAACAGAAGCAGUGGAUACUGUGCGCUGCUAGAGGUGAAUAUCAUGCGCUCGCGAAAAUGUGCAAAGAAACCCCAAAACUAGUCAAAACAAAGGAUCCGUUUACGAUUUAUACUGCGAUGCAUUGGGCUUGUAAGCGAGGUGAUGAAAAUCUGGUUAAAUUGUUAGCUGGAGUGGCACGUCAUUUAGUUAACGAACGUUCGAAUGGGGGAUACACACCAUUACACAUUGCAAUGCAGUUCCGACAUGAAAAUGUCUACAGGUUGCUAGUUGAAGUAUAUGAUGCAGACCCCAAUGUACGCGACUGGUCUGGUAGAAAACCUCGUCAAUAUUUGGUACACAUUGACACAUCUCUAUCACCAGGAUGUUUUAGAAAAAAAGAAGGUUUCUUACGCAUAGGCUCGCUCAAUGUGCGCGUCAAGAAAACAACAGAGGCUUUUAGUAAUUUCUUGGGAGUGGGUGCGACUAGGUCGUCGGCAUAUAUCCCCAAAUCUGCCAGAGAUAGAGAAGAACGGAGAUCGGAUGACGGUGAACUACAUAAAACUUGGGGCUCUGCCGAUAAUAUACAGAAAGAGGACAAACUCAUGCCACCACCUAUGAGCAAUAAAGUGCGACGCCGCGGUGCCAGUGGUCGGAAAGGUCUAAGUUCGCAUAGCCGAAGUACGCCAUCUACGCCUGAUCAGCCUCGCGCUCAAAUCGGUGUUGGCGAAGAAGCAGACUCCGAUUCAGAUUCCGCUGCGGGCUUCCAUUCCGCCUGGAGGCAACAGCGCGCUUCGAACUAUACAUAA